AUGGAGGAAAAGUUGCCGGGUGCCUUAUCACAGGCUCUGCCUGUGGAUCGCACUGACGAUGCUGUGGAAUAUCUUCAGGGCCAUGCGGCCGGCCCCGACAGCUCUCAGAUCGAUCUGCGGGCUUUGCGUCGAAAGAUUGACUGGCAUCUGAUACCUUUUAUGUUCUGCUGCUAUGUACUGCAAUUCUUGGACAAGGUCAUGCUUAACUAUGCUGCCGUCAUGGGAAUGAAAACAGAACUGCACCUCGCCGGGAAUGAGUACACCAACACCGCAACGUGGUUCUUCCUGGCCUAUCUGAUCGCCGAGGCUCCUAAUAUCUACUGCCUCCAGAAAGUUCCCGCCGCCAAGUGGCUUGGUGCGAAUGUCGCUCUCUGGGGAGUUGCUGCUGCAGCAUCCGCAGGCGCCAAAAACUAUGCGACCCUCCUCACUGCCCGUGUCUUCUUGGGUAUCUUCGAGGCCACAAUCGGACCGUCUCUGAUGCUCAUCAGCAGUCAGUACUAUACAAAAAGCGAGCAGGCACCUCGCUUCACCUUAUGGUAUAACGGCUUGGGAGUAGCGCAGAUUAUUGGUGGUCUGGUAUCCUUUGGCUUUCAGCAUGUUCACCACGGGGCCACCCUUGCCGGAUGGCGCAUCAUGUUCCUGGUCAUUGGUUUGGCCACUGUGCUGAUUGGCGUUCUCACUCUGCUUUUCAUUCCCGACACCCCGAUGAAGGCCAAGUGGCUGUCUGAGGAAGAAAAGGUGGCUCUCCUGCAGCACGUUAGUGUCAACCAGACGGGAGUGUGGAGUAGCACUAUCAACCUUAAGCAAAUCUGGGAAGCCGUGCUUGACAUUCAGCUCUGGCUGUUGGUCUUGAUCACCAUACUUGUAGGAAUGAUCCUAUUCCACCUUGCACUCUACUUCAAGCUAAUCUCGUUCCAGAUCUCUGUUUCUAGCGGUGUCGUAACCACCUACUCCGCCACUCUCAUCUCCGGAUUUGGAUACUCCGGUCCCAUCUCCGCCCUUCUCAACAUGCCCUCCGGCAUCGUCAGUAUCUUUUUCACCCUCCUGGUUGGCUUUGGUAUUCGCAGAACCUCCCACCGCUGGGCAUGGAACGCCUUCUGCACCAUUCCCGGCAUUAUCGGCGGUGGCCUCCUCUCUUUCCUUCCCAAAAGCAACAAAGCCGGUGUUCUCAUCGGUAUCUACCUGGUCAAUGCCAUUGUUGCCACUCUUCCCAUCCUGUACCAGUGGACCAUGGCCAACUGUGCCGGUCAUACGAAGCGUGCUUUCAGCAGUGCUCUGAUCGCCGGUUCCUUCUCGGUCGGAAACAUCAUCGGGCCUCAAACCUUCCAAGCCCGCGACGCCCCUGAAUACCGUCCCGCGAAAAUUGCGGUGCUGGCCACCCAGGCAGCGGCAGCUGUCAUGUCUGUCGUGUUGUUCGCAUACUAUGUGUGGGAGAACCGGAGACGGGAUAGCCGGUAUGGUAAGGUGGAGGAUUCGAUGGUGGAUGAGGCCAAGUGGGCUGGUCUGACUGAUAAGGAGAAUACGAGAUUUCGGUAUGUGUAUUAA